CUCAGACGGCGAUCUCAUUCCCGACACCUAGCGCCAUGUUCACCUUGAUCAAGUCUCAUCUCAAGUCCCACGCUUCUAGUUCACAUCCGACAUUUGAACCUCCGCCGGGUGCUCCACCGCCCCCGAUUUACACUCUCGCCGCAGGACAAAAGCACGAGUACUCAUCCUGCGAUAACGCCGCGCCAGACGACUUCGAACGUGCUAACCAAUUUUGCGCCGCCCAUCCCGACAUCCAUCCUGCACUCAUCUUCCCACGCGAGUACGUGGAAUUCGGUGCGGAUCGAUGGGCGCUUCUGUCCAUGGAAUCGGCAGGUCCUGCUAGCGGCUUUACUGAAAUCCGUGUCGGCGAAACUCGUCUGGGUAGAUCACAACAUGUGCUCGAGCUGCAGCGGAGUGAAGGACGAUGCGGGACCUUCAGUCACGUUGGAGACAGCUGCUUUACGAGCAACCUACCCAUUAUCGCGGGGAACUAUGCCACGCACGCCAAACGGGGUGUUUACUUCGAAAUUACGGUUCGGGAGAUGAGAGGGGAGGGCACAACAGUCGCGCUAGGGAUGCAGUGCCUACCGUACCCUCCACACCGACUGCCCGGCUGGCAUCGACGCAGUGUCGCGCUGCACUUCGAUGACCGGCGGCUAUACUACGAGGACCCAGAAGGUGGGCGUGAUUACGUGCAGGGACGGCCGCGACAGCACUGUCUCCCCGAUGUGCAGCCCGGGGAUACGAUCGGCUGCGGCUACGCAUUCCGCACCGGCUCCAAUGUGGGGCAUCUGUUCUACACGUACAACGGCAUACUUAUGCCUAUCGCGUAUCAUGGCAUAUUCGAUCAGCCCCCCGACCGGGAGGGCGCGGGCUCUUGCGGCUUCGAUGUUUACGCAGCAGUCGGCGUGAGUCGAGGGCCCGUUCACUUUGAUGUAAACUUUGGCGGGAGCCGGAAAUGGCGAUGGCGCGGACCGAGUCAUGACCGGGUGUCGCAGCUUGCGGAUGAAUGGAGCGCAGGAGUUUGGAGUGUUGCAGAGAUAUUCAAGCAGGUCGGGGACGGGCCACCAGUGUAUGCAUCAGAGUAGGUACUGUCUGUCAGCUCGUCGUUAAUCGUUUUAUCAUUCCUCGACUGGCUGUAUAUAUUUUCAAAGCUCUUGGACUAUUACUAGUUUCUCAAGUCCUCAAUUCUACGUUCGAAGCCUCUUCCUCUCUUCCAUGUCAUGUGAUGCACUCGGCAGAUUAAUGGGCAUGAUGGACUUAGAAAUUCCAGAUGAAUCCCGUAGAAGCAUCUGA